AUGUCCGAGAGAAAAGCUGUUAAUAAAUACUAUCCUCCAGACUUUAAUCCGUUGGAAGCUGAGGAGGCGGCACGCAAGAUGUCCAAGAAGCUAAAGACCAUGAACAAAGACUCAGUCACGAUUAGACUUAUGACACCAUUUAGCAUGCGCUGCCUGAAGUGUUCUGAGUUUAUUCCUAAAAGUAGGAAAUUCAACGGAAAAAAGGAACUGCUGCCAGAAAGAUAUUUGGAUACCAUCAAGCAAUAUAGGUUAAGCGUCAAAUGUCCGCGGUGCAAUAACAUGAUUUCGUUUCGUACUGACCCAAAAAGUGGUGACUACGUGAUGGAAAUUGGUGGAGUUAAAAAUUUUGUAGCAGAAUCCCGCUCUUCUGAUUCCAAGAGGCACGAAACGCUGGACGAGACGUUGCAACGACUGGAGAAGCAGCAGCAAGAAGAAAAGGAUCAAUCGACAAAUAAUGAAAACGAAAAUAAGCUGGAACAGAUUGAAAUGCGACUUGUUAAGCUACAGCAAGAGCAAGAGGAUUAUGAAGCCCUUGAGGCCUUGCGAAAGGAUAACAGGGCCAAGAUGAAGCGCGCUGAACUGCUUCAUGCCAACGAUGGAAACCAAUCAUCUGCAGACGAUAAGAGGGCUGAAGAGGCUUUCAAAGCGUAUAACAAUGAUCCCGCGGUGAAGGUCGAGUCACGCGCUUCUUCUCACGCAGAAAACUCAGCACCUUCGACUAGCAUAGCGAUACAGCAAGGCAUUCGAGUGAAGAAAAAGUCCAGGGUUAAUGUCCUGGGAGUUGUCAAAAAACGGAAAAACAAGACCUAA